CAAAAUGAUGUACUCAGGCUCCUGCACUCAUUAGCAGUGACUCUAAAAAUUGAAAGGGCGAUACACGCGGCAUAUUUUUUUUUCUUAGUUUUUUUUACAUCACAGAGUGAAUACAAGUUAUUUGAUUUAAAUGAUAAUUGGCUUUAUUACGUGUUUGUUGUGAAGAUAUAUUAUGGAGCUGGUGUCACUGGCUAAGGAGGUAUUCCAGAGUAUAGCGGAGCAUGCAGCGAGCUACCGACUGGGGCAGUCGGUCCUGAGACACCUCGACCGCACACUAUGGGUCGUUGAGAAGUGCGCAAGAUGGGCCGUCCCGCCGCCAUUGGAUCAGGACGAGCGUCCUCAACCAGAGUUAGUGCGGCCUCUACCAUGGGUGUUCUUCCUGGCACUCAUAGUGGCGCUGCGGAUCACCCGGGAGUCUAUAUCACUCAUCAACCUUGUCAUGGGGAAACCGCCGCUGAGAUCCGCUGAUGUGGUGAUGUACAUACAAAGCCACCGUCGCUAUUUACGCACGCUGAAGUACCAGGGCAACAGACUGAGUCGCGCGCGCACCAGUAGCGGCCAGCCGCGCCAGUCGUGGGCGUCCGCGCUACAUUCCCUUUUUGAGUUCACCAUGUGCUUCCGAAGACACUCCCACCAUUACGGCAAUAACAACAGCACCCAUGUCAGCAAUAAUGAGGAAGUUUUGGUGGUAAAGAGAAGUAAGCGCGGUCGCGAGCAAGUGAGCCCCUCAGCUUCCACCAGCGAGACCACUAUGGAGCGACUUAUAGAGAAGAUGAUGGUCGAUCUAGAUGCUGAUUCUGAUGAGGACUCCAGUUUUACGUUGACCAACGUGACAAGUCCAAAGAGCGACAGAUCAGACUUCACAACGGAGUCGGACCAGGACACGAUAUAUCAGAACAACGUCUCGGACAAGGUCAAUGAGGAAAAUGGUCCAAUCGACUCACCAUACUCGCCCAACAUGUCCGAAGCUCCCUGCUCAACCCCAGAGAGAACAGAAGAAGUUAUCAAUGAACCUGAAUCUCCAGUAAAAGAGAAGGAAGAGGAAAUAAGAGAAAAAGACAAGAUAGAAGAUUCUUCUACUGAACAAGAAGUACUGUCAGCCAAAGAACAAACGCUAAGGUUCAUACAACAUGAGACGGCUCCAUCAAAAAUUCCCCGCUCACCGAACAAUGAACAGAAAAUCGGUACGAAAUUAAAGAUUUGGUCUAUUAAAAUGAAAGAGAAAUUUUCUAAGCAACAUCAUACGAUACUUGGAACCCCAGUAGCGGAGAAAGACAGAAGAAACUCAGAGUCACAGGGCGGGAAGAAUUCAUCAUCAAACAGCAUGUAAGGAGGUUAUAAAGUAAAUCUCACACAGUCAGUCAUGAGAUGCUGCCGUGCAGUUUGUUAAUAGCAUAAGCUUAUAUUUAACUGUUAAUUCUUCGCUAAAAGCCGUACGUUCAUUAAGUCCACGUUGUCUAAAAUAAGGUUAAAAUACUAAUUUUAAUUGAACUGUAAGUUAAUUCAUACAUUUUAUUAGUUCUGACAUGUUCUUGUCAUGUAAAAUACCUAUUUUAACGUUUUAAAAUAAUAACACUCUUAUCUGUUAUAAAAUGUCAUGUUUUCUUAUGAGUAAUAAUUGAUGUCCAUCAUAAUGUAUGAAGAAGCAAUUUUGUAAAAACAUAACAAAAAUGAAUAUUGAACCAUCUGUAUAAUGAACUUAAGGUCGGUAAUUGAGAAGCGUGUAUAAUAAGGCUUGUUUACAUUACAAUUUGUGUGGAUAUGAUGAGUAAAUUAACAUAAGAAAUACACUGUAAUUAGUAAUGCCACGUUUUCCUACACCGAAAGUGUAAACAAAGCCUUAUGUAAUAGGUAAUUACUUAUGUGAGGACAUCAUCUGAUUUUCUUUGCGUCCAAUAACGAAUUUAUUUUAUGCAUUUUGUUAAUGAAUCUCGCUUUUAUCCGUUUGUAAUAAUCCACAAUUCAUAUGAGACUUAAAUGCAAAAUAACUCCUAUUUUUAUAUGUUAAGGGUACUUUUUUCAAUAAUAAUGUUGUAUACUUAAACUCAUAUGCAUUUAUAACCUUUUUGAAGAUGGCUAUAAAAUUCAGAGACUCCUCUCGGCUUGUGUGUAGCAUUCAUUAUACAUAUUAUCAUCUGAAUAAAUAUACAUAGUCUUAAAAUCGUCAUAUUAUUAUAUGAGCGAUAGUUCUAUCAACAUUUGGUGCAAGCAUGUUUAACCCGUUGUAUGUCGAGAACACAGAUCUAAGCGAGACACAAUGUGUUUUCUAUUCUGUCUCAUAUAACCAAAUCAAAUCACUUUAAUGCAUCCAUAGUGUACAGUGUGGUCCAAUUUUAUACAGUAAUACAUUCCAACUAUGGGCCCUUUUAUAUUCCAGUAUAUAAAAGACAUACAAGAGGUUAAUGUAACUUUAUGUACAGUAACUAGAAAAUUAUAUAAUCGUAAUUAUUAUAUGUUUACUUUAUCAUAUUUUUAUUAAUUUUUGAGACCAGUUUGAAGCUUUUUUUAUUUAUUUUUGUUUACAUAAUUUGGAGUUCCUCUAGUAAUCGCUUUUUAUUUAAAACUUUUUUAAACUAGUUUAGGUAUAAUGAAUUAAGAUUUUAUAUAAAGAUGCAUCGUUAAAAUGAAAGAUUUUUAUUCAAAUCAAGAUUUGAAUAGCUACCAUAGAUACAUCUAUGUCAAUUACAAAUUUAAUUAUUGUUUUUAAUUUUUGCUAUAUUUUACAUUAUGCUAAUUUUAUUGUCGACUUAAUACUCAUUUUCAAAAUAUCCAUCUCAUAAGUACUAAAAAGAGUAAUUCCAGUGUUCCUGAGUAAGUGCAAUUAUUCGUAUAAGAAUAAUUAGUAGAAAUGAUUGCAAUAUUAUACAAAUUUAUUUAUUAUUUCUCAUGUUUCCAAAGAUUUGGCUGUGUACAGAUCAUUUUAAUAUUAAAGACUGAUAAAAUUGUAACAACUAUUAAUAUUAUGAAUGUUUUCGUUUCCUAAAUUAUGUAAUCUAUUUUUAUAAAUUUGAUAUGUUGUAAAUUAUGAAAUUAUUGUUACAAAUAAUAUAUCUUUAACAGUAUAA